AUGGGAACUGUGGAGUUAACUCGACAAGAAUCUUUCUCAGCUAGUCAUCGUUUGCAUAAUCAGGGGCUUAGCGAUGUGGCCAACCGCGAGUACUAUGGAAAGUGUAAUAAUUUCAAUGGUCACGGACAUAAUUAUGUUUGGGAAGUUACAGUCAGAGGGCCAGUUAAUAAAGAUUCUGGAUUGGUAUACAACUUGGCCAAUUUGAAAAAUGAAAUGAGAAAGGUGUUAGAUGAAGUGGAUCAUAAAAAUUUAGAUAAAGAUAUUCAAUUUUUCGCGUAUAAAAUUACUUCUGCUGAAAAUUUAGUUAUUUAUCUGUGGGAUAAACUUAAAUCAGAAAUGUCGAAUCCUGGAUUACUUUAUAAAAUGGUUUUGCAUGAAACUUCUAAAAAUUCUGUAACUUAUUAUGGCUAA